AUGUCUGUGGAAAGGUAUCACAGUGCCAGUAAAUCACCAAGGCGGAGGAGUCUCUGUGCUGGUGAAUCGCCAGGGCGAAGGAGUCGCAGUUCUAGUAAAUCACCACGGCGAAGGAGUCGCAGUUCUAGUAAUUCACCGCGGCGAAGGAGUCGCAGUCUGAGUAAACCGCCACAGCGAUGCCAUCGCAGUACUAAUAUAACCCCACGGCAAAGGAGUCGCAGCACUAGUAACUCACCAGGGCGAAGGAGUCGCAGUCUUAGUAACUCACCAGGGCGAAGGAGUCGCAGGAAUAGUAACUCACCACGGCGAAGGAGUCGCAGUCAUAGUAACUCACCAGGGCGAAGGAGUCGCAGUAUUAGUGACUCACCAGGGCGAAGGAGUCGCAGGAAUAGUAACUCACCACGGCGAAGGAGCCGCAGUAUUAGUAACUCACCAGGGCGAAGGAGUCGCAGUAUUAGUAACUCACCAGGGCGAAGGAGUCGCAGUAUUAGUAACGCACCAGGGCGAAGGAGUCGCAGUAAUAGUAACUCACCAUGGCGAAGGAGUCGCAGCACUAGUAAAUCACCACGGCGAAGGAGUCGCAGCACUAGUAACUCACCAGGGCGAAGGAGUCGCAGUAUUAGUAAAUCACCAGGGCGAAGGAGUCGCAGUCUUAGUAAAUCACCACGGCGAAGGAGUCGCAGUAAUAGUAACUCCCCACGGCGAAGGAGUCGCAGUCUUAGUAACUCCCCACGGCGAAGGAGUCGCAGUCUUAGUAACUCGCCACGGCGAAGGAGUCGCAGUCUUAGUAACUCAGCAGGGCGAAGGAGUCGCAGUCUUAGUAACUCGCCACGGCGAAGGAGUCGCAGUAAUAGUAAAUCCCCACGGCGAAGGAGUCGCAGUCUUAGUAACUCAGCAGGGCGAAGGAGUCGCAGUCUUAGUAACUCGCCAGGGCGAAGGAGUCGCAGUCUUAGUAACUCUCCACGGCGAAGGAGUCGCAGUAAUAGUAAAUCACCAAGGCGAAGGAGUCGCAGUAAUAGUAACUCACCACGGCGAAGGAGCCGCAGUAUUAGUAACUCACCAGGGCGAAGGAGUCGCAGGAAUAGUAACUCACCACGGCGAAGGAGCCGCAGUAUUAGUAACUCACCAGGGCGAAGGAGUCGCAGUCAUAGUAACUCACCAGGGCGAAGGAGUCGCAGUAAUAGGAACUCACCAGGGCGAAGGAGUCGCAGCCUUAGUAACUCACCAGGGCGAAGGAGUCGCAGGAAUAGUAACUCACCACGGCGAAGGAGCCGCAGUAUUAGUAACUCACCAGGGCGAAGGAGUCGCAGUAAUAGGAACUCACCAGGGCGAAGGAGUCGCAGCACUAGUAACUCACCAGGGCGAAGGAGUCGCAGUCCUAGUAACUCACCAGGGCGAAGGAGUCGCAGUAUUAGUGACUCACCAGGGCGAAGGAGUCGCAGGAAUAGUAACUCACCACGGCGAAGGAGCCGCAGUAUUAGUAACUCACCAGGGCGAAGGAGUCGCAGUCCUAGUAACUCACCAGGGCGAAGGAGUCGCAGUAUUAGUAACGCACCAGGGCGAAGGAGUCGCAGUAAUAGUAAAUCACCACGGCGAAGGAGUCGCAGUCUUAGUAAACCGCCACAGCGAUGGCGUCGGAGUACAAUACUAGCACGCAAAGAAAGAGUUGUAGUAGAAGUAGAUCACAUCCUAGAGGACAUAAAAGAAGUGGAUCGCAUCACAGAAAGAAACAUAGCAGAAGUAGAUCGCCGAACAGGAGUCGUAAUAGAAGUGGAUCGCAUCACGGAAAGAAACGUCAUAGAAGUGUGUCACAUUGCAAAAGAAGUCGUAGUAGAAGUGGAUCGCAUCAUAGAAGGAGUCGUAGUAGAAGUGGAUCGCAUUGCAGAAGUAAACGUAGUAGAAGUGGAUCGCAUCAUAGAAGUAAACGCAGUAGAAGUGGAUCGCAUUGCAGAAGUAAACGUAGUAGAAGUGGAUCGCAUCGCGGAAGGAAACGUUAUAGAAGGAUCGCAUCACAUAGUAGGAUCAAUACAAAUACAUAUUGCAAACAUGAAAAAGGCAGAGAAAACUCGAAUGCAACCGUGUUUGACAUUGAUCAUUUUCUUUGCGAACGUUUAA